CUCAUGUCAAUCGCCCGUUGACCCGCUCCACCUCGGUCCUCCCUCCGUCCUCUGGGCUCACUCUCCGGCUCUCCUCUGCUCCGAGCGACAAGGGGCGCACGGCCAGGGGAGCCGCCGCUAGGAGUCCCCCCCUCCAAAACCUCGGCGUGGCCGAGCAUCCCCUCCUUGUCAGCUUUUGCUCGCGCGCGGCAGACCGGAGCAACCCGCGCGCUCUAGUCCGGCUUCAUGCUUCCCUCUCCUUCGGUCAAGUCCAUCUUUGCAACUUUUCCCUGGAUCUGAGAAAGAAGAACACGGCGAUGUGAAGCAGAUUAAAAGGACAACGACAGCAGGCGCAGCAACAUCAAGGAAUAGGUGAUCAAAGAAGUGAAGUCGAAGACCUAGAGCGCAUAUUUACUGAUACAAGUGCGGAGCCCAUCAAGAUAUCAUAUGCAGCUAUUAAAUAUAUCACUAAGAAUUUCGCCGUAGAGAUAGGUGAUGGUGGGUUUGGUGUGGUUUACCUGGGUGGUCUUCAAAAUGGGAUGGUUGCUGUGAAGAAGCUUUUCCAUUCGAAGGAUUUAUCUGAUAAGCAAUUUUUGGAUGAAGCUAUCUGUCUAAAGAAGGUAAACCACAGAAAUAUUGUAAGAUUUCUAGACUACUGUGCAGAUACAGAAGGUGAAAUCAUGGAAGUAGAAGGAAAACAUAGGAUAGUUGAGGUGCAGAAAAGGUUGCUCUGUUUUGAGUAUGUACCUAAUGGAAACCUUCACCAUUACAUUAAAGAAAAAACUCAUGGAUACGAAUGGAACGUGCAUUAUAAAAUAAUUCAGGGAAUUUGCGAGGGUUUGCACUAUAUUCAUCAACAACGCAUAAAUCAUUUGGAUCUCAAACCUGCUAAUGUGCUUCUUGGUGUCAACAUGGAGCCAAAAAUCACAGAUUUUGGUGUGUCAAGGUUCAUCAGUGAAGAGCAGUGCACCAUGGUCACUAAAAACUUUUUUGGAACACUGGGAUACAUUGCACCAGAAUUCAUUGAUAAGCAACAAAUAUCAUUCAAGUCUGAUAUAUUCAGUUUGGGUGUCAUCAUGAUAAAUUUAUUAUCAGGACAUAAUGGGUGUAUUCCUGAAAAGGGUGGACUUCAAAACAGGAUGGUUGCUGUGAAGAAUCUUUUCCAUUCAAAGGAUCUUUCUGAUAAGCAAUUUUUGGAUGAAGUUAUCUGUCUAAAGAAGGUAAACCACCAUAAUAUUGUAAGAUUUCUAGGCUAUUGUGCAGAUACAGAAGGUGAAAUCAUGGAAAUAGAAGGAAAACAUAGGAUAGUUGAGGUGCAGAAGAGAUUGCUCUGCUUUGAGUACGUGCCUAAUGGAAACCUUCAUCAUUACAUUAAAGAGAAAACUCAUGGAUAUGAAUGGAAUGUGCGUUAUAAAAUAAUUCAGGGAAUCUGCCAGGGUUUGCACUAUAUUCAUCAAGAACGCAUAAAUCAUUUGGAUCUCAAACCUGCUAAUGUGCUGCUGGGUGCCAACAUGGAGCCAAAAAUCACAGAUUUUGGUGUGUCAAGGUGCAUCAGUGAAGAGCAGGGCACGAUGGUCACUAAAAUUUUUUUUGGAACACUGGGAUACAUUGCGCCAGAAUUCAUUGAUAAGCAACAAAUAUCAUUCAAGUCUGAUAUAUUCAGUUUGGGUGUUAUCAUAAUAAAUUUAUUAUCAGGACAUAAUGGGUGUAUUCCCGAAAAGUGGCAUGAGAGUAUAGAUGCACCCUGCCCACAAAUGAAGAGGUGCAUUGAAAUAGCACAACGUUGUGUCGACACAGACCCACAUAAGAGGCCUACUGCGGGUGAGAUAAUUGAUUAUCUGAAGGAGACAGAAAUAAUAAUUGAAAAGGAUCUUCCAACUAUUGAUGAACCGCCUCGCAAAAAAAAACCUAUUUAUGAACCGAGAAAUGACCCAGGAUCUUCACUGCACCAGGUUGUACAGAGAUUCAGAGCGCUGCCAAUACUGACUCUUCGGGAACAUUCGAGGGUGGAUACUGUAUUUGCGGAACUUAUUGUCCCAGAAUGCUUACUUGAGGGAAGCAAGAAGCCGGGCAGAGUACCAUUUCAACUUUUACAGUGCAUUACUGAAAACUUUUCUGAAAAGCGAGAAAUUGGUCAGACUAGAUUUGGACGCUUAUUCAGGGGUCUCAUGCGACAGCGGAGUGUUGCUGUUAUGAGGCUAUUGAUGACCAUUGGCUUUAAUGAUAAGAUGUUUCAGAAUCAAAUUAAAACCAUGAUGUUGACUCAGCACAAAAAUAUAGUACAGUUUCUAGGCUACUGUAGUAAUACCGAAGAAACGGUGACAGAACAUCUGGGAGAACUCGUCAUGGCUGACAUACGGGAAAGGCUGCUCUGUUUCGAAUAUUUAAGCAACGGGAGCCUUGAUCGAUAUGUUUCGGAUGCAUCUUGUGGACUUGAAUGGAGACUGCGGUAUCAAAUAAUCAAGGGAAUUUGUGAUGGCUUGCACUAUCUUCAUGGAAACCAUAUUGUUCACAUGGAUCUCAACUCUACCAAUAUACUGCUGGAUGAUAAUAUGGUACCAAAAAUUGCUGAUUUCUGUCUACCGAGGGUCUUUGCCGAAUGCCAAAAGACGACUCUUAUACGAAAGAAAAUUGGAACACGAUAUAUAGCACCGGAAUACUUCUUGUCUGAUGGAGUUGUCUCGUACAAGAUUGACAUAUAUAGUCUUGGGAUUGUAAUCACCGAGAUACUGACAGGAAAGAAGAAACGCUUUGCUAAUGAUCUGCUACUUGAAAGCUGGAAGAAGGGAUUAUUGCAUACGUCCUCGGCAGACCUGAUCUUAUUGGAACAAGUAAGAGUAUGCGCUGAGAUAAGCAGAGCUUGCACAGCUUAUGACCCCGACAAAAGGCCAGAUACGGGACGUAUAAUCGAGAUGUUGCUUGAAACAGAGACAGACGGAGCUGGAGCACAGGGAAAUUUGUUAUAUAUGGAAUUUAAUGAACUUGAGUGCAUACUGAAGGGAGCCAAGAAGCCGGGUAUACUAUCGCAUCAACUUUUAUCGUUGAUCACUGGUAAAUUUUCUCGUCAGCAAGAGAUUGGCCGGAGUGAAUUUGCAGUCACUUACAGGGGUACCCUGCUACAACCGAGAGUUGCUGUGAAAAGGCUAUCCACGACCAAAGAAUUUGAUGAUCGGCUCUUUAAUAAUGAAAUUAAUACAUUGAUCUUGGUUCAGCACAAAAAUAUUGUACGGUUUCUUGGUUAUACCCAAGAAGAGCCGAGGGAGUAUCAGGGAGAACUCAUCAUGCCAGACACACGGGAAAGACUGCUCUGUUUCGAAUAUUUAAGCAAAGGGAGCCUUAAGGACCAUGUUUCAGUCAUAGGAAAACCAACCAUCUCGACACAAAAUAGAACAUUUCUGUGGCCUCCAGUUGCAUCUCGCGGUCUUGGAUGGAGAGCGAGGUAUCAAAUAAUCAAGGGAAUCUGUGAGGGUGUACACUAUCUUCACGGAAAUAACAUUGUUCACGGAGAACUCAGACUUAGCAAUGUGCUGCUGGAUGACAACAUGGAUCCAAAAAUUGCUUAUUUCUGUCUAUCAAGAUGCUUUGUCGAACACCAACGCAGCGUUAUUAUGCCAAACAAAAUCGAAUCAAUGGGAUAUAUGGCACCGGAAGUCUUUGCCGGAUGUAUCACAUUCACGUCUGACAUAUAUAGCCUUGGGAUCAUAAUCACAGAGAUACUGACAGGACGCAAGGACAUAGCAAAAGAGAAUGUACUUGAAAGCUGGAGGACCAGACUGGGUACAUCAUUGACAGACAUACUCUUGGAACAAGUCAGAGUAUGCGCAGAGAUAAGCAUCGCUUGCAUAAACCCUAACCCAGAAAGGAGGCCAGAUAUGCAGUGUAUAAUCGAGAUGCUAGAUGAAACAGAAUGUGAGGAACCAGCAGAGCAGUAGCCAUGCUAUACAAGAACAAGUGGGCGAGUUGAUUGUGCUUUGUAUUCGAGUAGGAUACCUUUGUUCCUAGAUUAUUUGCUGCUCAAACCAGUAUAUGCUGUGGUGUACAUGUAAUCCACAAAUACAUAGUGCAACUGACCGAGGCAUUGUUGAUUGUGGCAACAUUUAUCGCUUACAUGUUAUGGGAAUGUUACAUUGUUUCUGUUGCAUCAUUUUAGUAUGCUGACUAUUACAACUGAAAAAAUCCC